UGGGAGCCACAGUGCAAGAUAAGAGAUUAUGUGAGGAUGGAGGGAGGGUGGUGCCUCAGUACUGUUCCGAGGCCACCGGCACCACCACCCCCUAGCAGCCAACCAUGUUGUUCUCUUUACUCUUGAUAUUGGUGAUGGAUGUCAUUGGGUUGUGGGAUGCACAUGCCAGCGACGCAGCAAACACAGUGCCUGUCUACCCUCGGGUCCAUUCAGGACUGACUCUCGGCAACCUGUCCGACAUUCGCUUUCUUCUCUGGACCAGAACUAACCCAGACAACAAUGACUACUAUCGCCUGCUGCCCAGGGACUUGGAGAAUCUCGACCAGUCUCCCUUCAAUGCUAGUGUUCCCACCUAUUUCAUGUACCAUGGCUUCAAUGACUUUGGAGAAUGUCAGUGGAUCCUCAACACCAAGACUGAGCUGCUGGGGCUAUAUGAGUGUAAUGUUGUGUCUGUGGACUGGCAGACUCUUGUGCUCUCUCCUUGGUAUAAUCUGGCUGUAGAAAACGUCUACAAGACAGCCAACUACACGGCAGCCUUCAUCGACUGGCUCCACAGUGUCCGGAGACUGGCGCCGUCCCUGGUCCACAUCACCGGCCACUCUCUAGGGGCCCACACUGCCGGCCUCACUGCCAGAUAUGUCACAUCCGGCACUGUCGCCAGAGUCACCGGUCUUGAUCCAGCGGGUCCGUUGUUCUAUGACAAGCCAGCCGACCAGCGGCUCGACUCCUCCGAUGCUGACUUUGUCGACGUCCUGCAUGCCAACUCCGGCUCCCUCGCUGAGGGGUGUAUAGCGCUCCACCAGCCUCUGGGACACGUUGACUUCUAUCCUAAUGGUGGGAGGCAUCAACCAGGAUGUGUGGUCACUCCUGAGGACGUUCUUACUGACUGGAUUGACCUCUUUGGUGGAUGUAGUCAUGCUAGAGUUACUGAACUGUGGGUAGAGAGCCUCAUAGAUCUCGCCCCAGACAAGAUGUUCACCUCGUGGCCAUGUUCAGACUGGGACACUUUCUUGGCCGGCAACUGUUCCUCCUGUGGCCAAGGGUGCCUGCACAUGGGCUUCCACGUCGAGUACAGCUCAAGAGGUUCAUAUUACUUGCGUACAAAUGCCACCUCACCCUUCGCUCUGGGUGAUAAUCAGUAACAACAGAGGACCUUCCACAGAUUCUACACCCUACAGUACACCAAACUGCUCAAUAUUUAUCUACACCAGUUAGAAUGUUUAGCUCAAGUACUGUAUUAAUUACAUUCCUUCAAUUUUGUGACAAUGCCUAGCAAAUACAUACCAGAGAAUUAAUUCAAAUUUGUAUCAAGAAUGUUCUAUAUUUUGUAUCUUAUCAUUUUAGAGGAAAGUUUUCUCUUACUAAAAAGCUGUUGCACUCACUGAUAAUUUGACAUUUUUUAUACAUGCAAGAGUAAAAUUAUAAGCAAAUAGUG